AUGGGAAGCAGACGAGUUCCACCAAAACGAAGGUCCUGUAGUCGGUUGCUCAUUCCUUUGGUUACAAUUCUGACACUCUUGGCAGCUUGUUUGCAAAUCAGGAUGAUAUUUACGACGGCGGAGGACAAGACUGGAGUGCUGUCCGAAAACACAAUUCGCGGACGAACGAAGGUUGUCCUUUCAUCAUCGUCACUGGUUUCGACUUUUGACAGCGGCACCAAAGUCAAUCAUGCAGAAGCACAGUUACAAUACGAUCGAGGAAUGGACCCCACAAUUAAAGCGUCUCGGAAUGUAGGAGACACUGUCGGGGAGACCACUACCAGGGAGGGAAAUAGGAGUACCUCGGAGAUGACAUUCGCAACGAUACUGCCACGGCAAAACAAGGAUACGAUCAUUCAGGCUCGAGAAGUUCUUCCAUUGUGUGAAUUUGAAACUGUCAACAAUACCUGUGCUUGGACAUUUGCCAAGAAUACCAGUAUUUUAUUUGAUUGCAAACAAAACCCAUUCCUUCCGAAAUGUGAAUUGAAUUGUUUUGAUGCGCCAACGCAGGAACAUCCUGCAGCGUCGUUUGCUGCAUUGGCAAACGAAGAGAAACAUAAUAAUCAAUUUUCGAAUGCAGAAGAAGUGUUUGAAAUCUUUUCAGCUGCGGGUGACAAGCUCCAGGGAAGUGACAAGCUGUGGCCUCCCCUUGGAUGGGGAGGGAAUUGGGUAGAGGACAAGAAUUAUUGCGAAGCAGCCAACAACACUGCCGGUGCCUGUCUAUUUGGCAAGCAUCGUUACGUUUUGAACGCAGAUGGUGACAUGGCUACCAUUUGGACGAAGGAUGAAGCUUGCCAACUCCUAAAGUCCAGGAAUAUCACUAAAAUACAACUGAUUGGAGAUUCAUUGAUACGGCAUUUGUCACAAUCGCUAGUAAUUAUUUUGAAGGGCGACUAUGAUUUUCAAUUUGGUCGCAAGGAUUGUUUUGGAGACCGAGCGUUCUCCGAAAAGGGUUGCCGUGGUUUUGGUGUGACCAGUGCGUGCUAUGACGAUGAAGUCAAGAAAAGUGGUGGCAUCUUGAUCAAGUACGAAAUAACAGAACCAGUGAAUUGGAGAAUUCCAGCACUCGAAACCGCCCAUCACUUCCGGAGCAAUCGAGGUAGUACUCUUUUCUUUUAUGGCAUUGGGAACCACCCAGCAACUGCCCAGCAUGGCCUGAAAGAACGGUACGGUAUUCUCAAUGCAGCUGAAUAUUUGUUUCGACGAUGGGGUCUACUGACGUCUAAGUUCUGGGGUCCCUCGAACCACCUGGUGUGGGUUCCACCUCAUUACAAGUUGCGAAUUGGCCGGACUGACGAAACCAACCAACGCGUCUACCAAUUCCUGAUUGGUUCGCACAAUUACUUUCAAUCUUUGGGCGCCAGAACCCUCAACACCUUUGACAUGACUCGAACGAUGGCGUCAUUCUUCUCGUUUGACAAUGCUUCCAAGAAGUUUUACUCUCGAGAAACCUGCAAAGCAACUGAUGAGACCUGGGACGGCUUCCAUUAUAGCCGCACAGUCAAUUUGUGGAAGGCGCAUCUGGCACUGCAACAGUUCCAGUCAUCACUUAUGGAGUGA